ACCAAUUCUAAUCAAAACCAUAAACCCAACCUAUUCUUCUCUCACUCUUUUCCUCUCAAAAACCAAAAACAAAAUGGUAUCACAAAGAAAAAGUUCUGCCUCUCAACCACCCACAAGAAAAAAAAGGAAAAAGAAGUCAUCAUCAUCGUCCGAUGAUAAACCUCCUUCGCGAUAUCCAAAGGCAAAUGAUAACGAUGUGGAUUCACCUGGAAAAUCGGUACCGAUCUGGGAGAAAUUGAAGGAGCAAUAUUCGAUAGAUCGAUCCAAACUCUGCGGCAACAGCUCCGCUAAUGAUAAAGUUCAGGCUGCCGGAAAAGUUGACGGCGUUGCUGCCAGAAAAGGUGUCAGAUCUGUCACAGAAGGUACUGAAAUGAAGAAGCCUUGGUGUCAACUUAUAGCAGAGUUUCCGCAGGAUUCCAUUUGGUGGAAAGUAUAUCAAGAAUUUCUUUAUACUCAAAAUUCAAACACAAACUCGAGAUCUCUGGUUAAAAUAGAAACAAUUUCAUCCACUGCAAUGCUGAAUUCAACAGUGGAGAUUUUUGAGCAAUGCUUUAUGACUGUCAGUCAUGAGCUGCGCUUACACGCCCCUGCUGUGGAUGAUCCGGACAAGUUACUCGCUAAUACAUUAUUUGAGGUUGUAUUCAAUGAGAGCCGGAAUUCACCAUUCAUUUUGUUGGUGAAAAAUGCUGACAAAGUAAUGGCAAGAAACUCAGAAUUAUAUUCAAACUCGGCUUGAGAAGCUUCCUGAUAAUGUAAUUAUUAUUGGUUCACAAUCGGCUUGAGAAGCUUCCUAAUAAUGUAAUUACGAUUGGUUCACAGUCGGCUUGAGAAGCUUCCUGAUAAUGUAAUUACUAUUGGUUCACACGCUCAUACAGAUAAUCAUAAGGAGAAGAUACUAUUUGAGAUCAGAUUGCCCACGAAUAUAGAUGCAUGUGUUAUAUCUUUUCUAAUUUUAUAAUGUGUAUACAGUGUAUUAAAAGACCUGUAUGAAAAUUUAUUAUGGAUUAAAUUUCUUGGCUAUAGUA